GGGGUUCAAAAUCGUUUUGUUAAGAUGAUUGAAGUUUACUAGUAAAAAAAUGAGAUAAGAGAAAAGCACCCAAAGGGAAGGAAAAGAAAAGGAGAACCAAACACAGCCUAAGUGCCAAAGUAGUCCGAGUAUUUAACACAAGACCCUGGCUGUACUCUGUGGAAAAUUUUCGAUGGCGUCGCGCUCCCUCUUUCUUAGUCUCAGAUGGAGAGGCAGCAACUGCAGCAGUUGGUCGAGGCUGUUGUCGUCGGGCACCGCCACCACUGAAUACGUGGACGAAUAUCCGAAUAAUUCGGAAACCGAUGAUCUGAGAAGCCGCAUUUUUCGGCUGAGGCUUCCGAAGCGGAGCGUCACUACCGUAAUCGAGAAAUGGGUGGGUGAGGGCAACCCAGUUUCCAUUUCUUACCUCCGCCAAAUUUCUAAAGACCUUAGAAAAUCCCAGCGCUUCAAGCAUGCUCUCGAGAUAUCAGAAUGGAUGGUUAGCCAUGAAGAGUACAAAUUAUCAGAUACUGACUAUGCAAUUCGUAUCGACUUGAUGGCAAAAGUUUUUGGCAUUGAUGCUGCUGAACGCUAUUUUGAAGACUUACCUCCGACUGCAAAGACUAGUGAAACGUACACUGCUCUACUCCACUCUUACGCUGCGGCAAAAUUGACUGAAAAGGUGGAAGAACUUUAUGAGAGGAUAAAGGAGUCAGAUCUGUCAUUUCCUGCCCUUACGUACAAUGAGAUCAUGACUCUAUACAUGUCAGUUGGGCAGGUGGAGAAGGUUUCUUCUGUUGUAGAAGAGCUGAAAAGACAGAAAGUUGCACCAGAUAUCUUUACUUACAAUCUUUGGAUAAGUUCUUUUGCUGCAGCUCUAAACAUAGAUCAAGUUAAAAGGAUUCUGGAUGAAAUGAGAUUUGACUCUAGUUGCAAUGAUGGUUGGAUGAGAUAUAUCAACCUUGUAAAUGUUUAUGUAACCGCUAGCCGUCUUGCAAAUGCGGAGUCCAGCUCUCCUAUUGAAACAGAGAAGGGCAUCACACAAAGGGAGUGGAUAACUUAUGACUUUCUUGUUAUGCUGUAUGCAGGCUUGGGGAACAAAGAUAAAAUUGAUCAGAUAUGGAAAUCUCUAAGAAUGACCAAACAGAAAAUGACAAGCAGAAAUUACAUAUGCAUUCUUUCUUCAUAUACGAUUCUUGGGCAUUUGAAAGAAGUGGGAGAGGUUAUUGAUCAAUGGAAGCAAUCCACCACCACAGACUUUGAUAUCUAUGCCUGUAAUAGGAUUUUGAGUGCAUUUGCAGAUUUUGGGUUGACUGAGAAAGCCAAUGACUUACAUUUGCUUCUGAUUCAGAGAAACUGCAGUCCCACAAAGGACUAGGAAUCUAUUGGAGUUAAAUGUGGAUAGGAAAGAAAAUUUGUGAGAACGCCUCCAUGGUGGCUGGACUUCUGGAAGAAAAAAAAUAAGCAUGCUUGAAAUUCUUGCAGACUUGCCUUGUUCUUCGGUGACUGUAUUGCAGUUCCAAGAUAUGGCCAAUUAUUGGUACUGGUAUUUUUUUUUUUGACUCCCAUUUUCUGAAACGUAGGAUUCACAGAUUCUCGAAAGCAAACUAUUUGCCUUUUUUCAUAAUUGACAGUAAGGUGGGCUCUCAUACUCUUAUCUUAAUAACUGAUGGAUGAAGAGAAAAUAGAAAACAGGGGGUUUGCAGCUGCUGUCUGUUUUGAUCAUGUAUUUAUAUUUUAUGUAAUGCACACACCCUGCAGAGCCUAAGUUAUUUUCUCA